AUUUAUUUACUUUUCAAAAUGCAAGCUUAAGUUUAGAGAUAAAGAAAUAAGUCACAAAAUAGCAAAAUUCAGUCUAUUUUAAAAUGUCGUAAUUACCACGAAAAAAAAAAAAGAAAGGAUAGAAGUGGUAAUGAUAUAAUUAGAGGAGGGAAUUAUAAAAUAACUUUUAAAGAUAGUUUUCUAGGCUUAAAAACAAAUUCAUUUACCCCAUAGAAUGAACUUGAUAAUUAUUCAGAAUCUGAAUUGUCUGAUUACUCUGAAUCUUAGUAAUCAUAAAUUUAAGGACAAAAUCAAACUCCAUUAGCUAAUUAAACUUCAGAAAUCAAAACUUAAGUGAGAUAAACCAGUUGUGACUUAGAAAUAAAAAUUGAGAUGAAAUAGGAAUUUCCAAAAAUAAAUUCUGAUAAAUAAUCGAAAAAUCUUACCAAAGCAACUUAAAAAUCACUUUGUUGUACAAUUUUUUGA